CUGCGGCUGGCACGGAACUGUCUGCUGCGCGUUGCGGGGGGACCGGAGAAGGGCUUUGCCUCCUCCCGGGUCUGUGGACGAAGCCCGGAGCCGCACACCAGAGAACUAGGCGGCGUCCCCGGCGGCGGAGCGUGCAGAGAUUUCCUCUGGGUCAUCCAAAAUGGUUUUGAAACGUACUGGAUAAGAACUGAGCCACCUGUCUGCGUGGGACUUCUGUACUCUCAGCUCCACUGUCUUCGGAUGGCAUUUUGACCGCACCAAAGCCAAGUGACGCACUGCUCAUGAUGAGUGACGAGAAGAACCUUGGGGUGUCCCAAAAACUGGUCUCACCUUCAAGGAGCACGAGUAGCUGCUCCUCCAAGCAGGGAAGUCGACAGGACAGCUGGGAAGUGGUGGAAGGGCUGAGAGGAGAGAUGAGUUACACCCAGGAGCCAGCCAUUCAAAAAGGAUUUUUGCUGAAAAAGAGGAAAUGGCCCUUGAAAGGUUGGCACAAGAGAUUUUUCUAUCUGGACAAAGGAAUCUUGAAAUAUGCCAAGAGCCAAACCGAUAUCGAGAGAGAGAAGCUGCAUGGCUGCAUCGAUGUUGGGCUUUCGGUGAUGUCUGUGAAAAAGUCAUCAAAAUGCAUAGAUCUAGAUACCGAGGAGCACAUCUACCAUCUGAAGGUCAAGUCAGAAGAAAUCUUUGAUGAGUGGGUAUCCAAACUCCGCCACCACAGAAUGUAUCGUCAGAAUGAAAUCGCCAUGUUUCCACAUGAGGUUAAUCAUUAUUUCCCCGGAUCCACUGUCACAGACUCAGCGUCUGGGGUCUUGGACUCCAUAUCAAGUAGGAAGCGUAGCAGUAUAUCAAAGCAGAACUCCAUUCAAACCGGAAGCAAUUUAUCAUUUUCUUGUGCUGGUGAGACACGAGUUCCAUUAUGGUUACAGUCUUCAGAGGACAUGGAAAAAUGCUCCAAAGACCUGGCUCACUGUCAUGCCUACCUGGUAGAAAUGAGCCAGCUCCUGCAGAGUAUGGACGUCCUGCACCGGACGUAUUCGGCGCCUGCCAUCAACGCCAUCCAGGGUACAGCUUUUGAAAGUCCCAAAAAGGAAAAAAGAUCUCACCGGAGGUGGCGGUCCAGAGCUAUUGGCAAAGACACUACAGGAACGCUGCAGGUCCCCAAACCUUUCUCUGGCCCAGUAAGACUGCAUUCCUCCAAUCCUAAUUUGUCAACAUUAGAUUUUGGAGAAGAGAAAAAUUACUCUGAUGGCUCUGAAACCUCGUCAGAGUUUUCUAAAAUGCAAGAAGACCUGUGUCAUAUUGCCCAUAAAGUUUACUUCACUUUAAGGUCAGCUUUUAAUACCCUGUCAGCGGAGAGAGAGAAGAUGAAGCAGCUGAUGGAACAGGAUGUCUCCUCCCCACCUUCUGCCCAGGUCAUCGGCCUGAAGCACGCCCUGUCAUCCGCUCUAGCACAAAACACAGACCUUAAAGAGCGCUUACGCAGAAUCCAUGCUGAGUCUCUGCUCCUCGAUUCCCCCGCUGCCGCCAAGUCGGGUGACAGUCUGGCAGAGGAAAACUCCAGAGAUGACAGCCGAGCUCUGGUCCAUCAGCUUUCCAACGAGAGUAGACUCUCCAUCACUGACUCCCUUUCCGAGUUUUUUGAUGCACAGGAAGUUCUGUUAUCUCCCAGCUCUUCAGAAAAUGAGAUUUCUGAAGAUGACUCCUAUGUCAGUGACAUAAGUGAUAACCUUUCCUUAGACAAUCUCAGUAAUGACCUAGAUAAUGAGAGACAGACCUUGGGGCCUGUGCUCGAAAGCAGCGGCGAAGCCAAGUCCAAGCGAAGAACUUGCUUGCCGGCACCGUGCCCCAGCGCCAGUGCCGUCAGCCUGUGGAACAUCCUGCGGAAUAACAUUGGGAAGGACCUGUCCAAAGUGGCCAUGCCCGUGGAGCUGAACGAGCCCCUGAACACGCUGCAGCGGCUGUGCGAGGAGCUCGAGUACAGCGAGCUCCUGGACAAGGCCGCCCAGAUCCCCAACGCCUUGGAAAGGAUGGUGUACGUGGCCGCCUUUGCUGUCUCGGCAUAUGCGUCUAGCUACUUCCGAGCUGGGAGCAAGCCCUUUAAUCCUGUUCUCGGAGAAACGUAUGAGUGUAUCCGUGAGGACAAAGGCUUCCAGUUCUUUUCAGAGCAGGUCAGCCACCAUCCACCUAUCUCUGCAUGUCACGCUGAGUCUGGAAAUUUUGUUUUCUGGCAAGACGUGAGAUGGAAAAACAAAUUCUGGGGCAAAUCCAUGGAAAUUGUUCCUAUUGGCACAACCCAUGUGACUCUCCCAGCCUUCGGAGAUCAUUUUGAGUGGAACAAAGUGACCUCUUGCAUCCAUAACAUCUUAAGUGGCCAGAGAUGGAUCGAGCACUAUGGAGAGAUUGUCAUCAAGAACCUGAAUGAUGACUCCUGCCACUGCAAAGUGAAUUUUAUCAAGGCAAAAUACUGGAGCACUAACGCCCGUGAGAUUGAAGGCACAGUAUUUGACAAGGAUGGAAAAGUUGUGCAUCGGCUGUUCGGGAAAUGGCAUGAAAGCAUCUACUGUGGGGGAUCGUCCUCGUCCACGUGUGUCUGGAGAGCAAAUCCCAUGCCAAAAGGCUACGAGCAAUAUUAUGGCUUCACACAGUUUGCCCUGGAAUUAAAUGAAAUGGAUCCAUUGUCAAAGUCUUUAUUACCACCUACUGACACUCGAUUUAGACCAGACCAAAGGUUCCUGGAGGAAGGGAACAUAGAAGAAGCUGAAAUACAAAAGCAGAGGAUCGAACAGCUGCAGAGAGAAAGGCGGCGGGUCUUAGAAGAAAACUGCGUGGAGCACCAGCCGCGGUUUUUCAGGAAAUCCAGUGAUGACUCCUGGGUGAGCAAUGGCACCUAUUUGGAACUUAGAAAAGAUCUCGGUUUUUCCAAACUGGACCAGCCUGUCUUAUGGUGAAAAAGGAAAGAAGAAUGAUACACCCUUAUACUUCUCCUGCGUUUGCUUUCUGAAGCCACAAAGCUGUGUCUAUGUAUUUAGAAGAAAUUAUCUAGAAUGAUCACCUGUGCUUAGCUUAGCAUUGUAAGUAGUAAAGUAUGUCUUUUCUUCAGUAGGUUUCUUUACAAUUUCAAAUGUUAUCACAAUUGUUUAUAUGAAUGUAGAACACCUUGAUAUUUCAUUUUAUAUAUAAACUAUUUAAUAAACAUGCAAGAUUGAAUGUUAAUGUGUGGGUUAAAAAAGAAGCUUUAACACUAAUUUUCCAAAGGUUAGGAAAAUUCAAAUUAAAUUUAUGCCUUAUAAAAUUGUGUUGGAGACAAAAAUUUAUCCAGGUGCAUUAAGAAAUAUCAAUACCCAAGGUUACUCACUCAUGCAUAAGCUACCCGAGUUUAAUUUGGUAACUCGGAUCUCUUUUUGGCUCCAGCAGCUCUGGAAUGGCUCGUAGGAAACAAUUCUGCUGGUGCUGGAGUCUGAAGACUAUUUGUAUUUGCAUUUUGGAGGUUGGGAGGAUGGUACAAGAGUAGUGGAAUGUAUAUUUUUAAUAUCGAACGGAUACGGCGCCUUCCUGAAGAGGAGGAAGCAUUUGAGCUCAUCCCUCCCUAGAGGUGUAUCGCCUUCUGUGCAAAAUUGUACCCUGUUAUGCAGAGAAAUUGUCAUCAGUCUGAGACAUUCCCAUUAAUUAAAUGCUAUAGUGGCAUCCCAGAGACAUGGUAGGAAAUUUCUCCUUAGUGAGAACUGAACUCUUGACAAGUUAAACUGUUUUCUGCUUCCCAUCCCAACCCCUGGGUUCCUCACCCUUUACCAUAGCUCUCUGGAGUAUGGAAUGUUCCAGUUUAGCCUAAAACAUACAGUGCAUUUCACACAACAGUUUGACUUUCUAAAAGUUUAGCAAAAUAACGGAUUAUUUUAAAUAAUGCAUUUUUCUUAAAUACUGUUUUGAUAUUUUCUACCUCUUGAUAACACCAUAUUUUAGAUCUUGUAUAAGAAGUUUGACCAUCUGCCUUAUAGACAAAUGUAGAGAACUGAUGUUCUUCUUUGUGUUGUGUUCUGAUAAAGCUUUGUCUUACCUCUUUCCUACACUUUCUUCUUACUCAUUUUACUCUUCUGUGAGUUUUGCAGCAGUCUUGAAUAAUACAGAUUAUAACUACUAAAAGGGGAAACUUUGCCUUUUCAAAUAUGUUACUUUAAUGUACAAUAAUACAAUUUGUGCAGUAGUUGAAGUGUGUUAUCAAAGCAAAGCCAACUUCUGCCCAGAUUACAUUAAAACCAAAGCCUAAUUUUUAAGCCUUUUAGUCUAAUGUCCAUAACAAUCCUAUGGAAUAUCAAGUAUAAUGGUGUAGUAAAAAGAUUUCUCCAGAAAAUGCUUACAGAUAAUUAAAUAAUUUCAGAGUGUGUAGAAUUCUGUGAAUGAAAAGUAGAAUUAAGUGAUGGGAAAAAAAGAAUGCAUGAUUUUUUCCAGUGUCACACCAAAUAAACAAGUAGUUGGACAGCAUUGCAUUUUCAAAAUGAAGUUAUUUAAAGUGGGUCAGUAGCCUUUUGGACUCUGCAAGUGAUUAGCAUUUAAAAACAAUAAAUGGCUCAUUAAAUA